CAGCUGCGCGCCCAGAUGCGCGACCUGGCGCGGGGCAUGUUCGUCUUCGGCUACGACAACUACAUGGCGCACGCCUUUCCGCAGGACGAGCUCAACCCCAUCGACUGCCGGGGCCGAGGGCCUGACCGCGGCGACCCCUCCAACCUGAACAUCAACGACGUCCUGGGGAACUACUCACUGACGCUGGUCGAUGCCUUGGACACACUUGCAAUAAUGGGAAAUUCGUCUGAGUUCCAGAAGGCAGUCAAGUUAGUGAUCGACACAGUUUCAUUUGACAAAGAUUCCACCGUCCAAGUCUUUGAGGCCACCAUAAGGGUCCUGGGAAGCCUCCUCUCUGCCCACAGAAUAAUCACGGACUCCAAGCAGCCGUUCGGCGACAUGACGAUCAAGGACUACGAUAACGAGCUGCUGCACAUGGCGCACGACCUGGCCGUGCGGCUGCUGCCGGCCUUCGAGAACACCCGGACCGGGAUUCCCUACCCUCGGGUCAAUCUAAAGACGGGCGUCCCUCCCGACAGCAACAACGAGACGUGCACGGCUGGAGCGGGCUCCCUCCUGGUGGAGUUCGGGAUCCUGAGCCGGCUGCUGGGGGACUCCACCUUUGAGUGGGUGGCCAGGCGCGCGGUGAAGGCCCUCUGGAGCCUCCGGAGCAACGGCACCGGAUUGUUAGGCAACGUGGUCAACAUCCAGACGGGCCAUUGGGUUGGGAAGCAGAGUGGCCUGGGUGCGGGCCUGGACUCCUUCUAUGAAUACCUCUUGAAAUCGUACAUCCUCUUUGGAGAGAAAGAAGACCUGGACAUGUUCAAUGCUGCCUACCGGAGUAUCCAGAACUACUUGCGAAGAGGGCGGGAAGCCUGCAACGAGGGCGAAGGGGACCCCCCGCUCUACGUCAACGUGGACAUGUUCAGCGGGCGGCUGGUGAACACGUGGAUCGACUCCCUGCAGGCCUUCUUCCCCGGGCUGCAGGUCCUGGCAGGGGAUGUGGAAGACGCCAUCUGCCUGCAUGCCUUCUACUACGCCAUCUGGAAGCGGUAUGGGGCCCUCCCAGAGCGGUACAACUGGCAGCUGCAGGCCCCCGACGUGCUCUUCUACCCGCUGAGGCCCGAGCUGGUGGAGUCCACGUACCUCCUCUACCAGGCCACCAAGAACCCCUUCUACCUCCACGUGGGAAUGGACAUCCUGCAGAGUCUGGAAAAGUACACGAAAGUCAAGUGUGGGUACGCCACGCUGCACCACGUCAUUGACAAGUCCAAGGAGGACCGGAUGGAGAGCUUCUUCCUCAGCGAGACCUGCAAGUACCUGUACCUGCUGUUUGACGAGGAGAAUCCAGUGCACAAGUCCGGAACCAGGUUCAUGUUUACGACCGAGGGACACAUUGUGUCUGUGGACGAGCACCUCCGGGAGUCCCCGUGGAAGGAGCUCUUUCCUAACGAGCGGGGGAACGAAGGGGGGAAGUCUGUCCACAGACCCAAGUCUCACGACUUGAAAGUCAUCAACUCCAGCUCCAACGAUGUAACUUGAAGUGAGAAGGCCCAUAGAAGCUCGCUUCUUGCAGAUGGAUCUUCAUAGCUUCAGGCUGUGGGUCUGAAGCCUCCUCCCUUCACCUUCACCGGCACCGGCACCAGCACCGGCCGUGACUGCAGUAUUGUCACCUCUGUGAGCAGCUUGUGAAUGGAGUUUCUGUGCAAAGGGCCUGGGGUUCACUUGGCAUUCCUACUGAUUGCAUUUUGUCAUCCUUUCUCUCUCUCGUGGGACAUUUGGGCUCCCUCCCAGAUGUCCGCCCAUGAUUUUGGAUCACAUGGGGGAAAGUCAUCCAGUUCUCAUUUGCGCCCCAAGUAACCUUCACAGUAUUAUCAGUUAUUUGCUUACGAAUAGUGGUGUCGCCUGACGUCUAACAGGUAGCCUCCUAAGUCGUCACACUGUCAGAGCCUGACAGGCGGAUCUUUUGGAUGUAUUUACAUUUAUUUUGAACUUACCUGAGGAACUCGUGUGGUUCCAGAGCCGGGUGCCUUUCGGGAAGAGAAAAAUACCUGAGGUGUCUGCGCUUCCACCUGCCCGUGUCUACUAGCCACGGACUCUCCGUUCCGGCCACGCGUGGCUUGGAACGGGGUGUGUUUUUGCUUCCUGUGUCUAGUGCCAAUUGACCAAGUCAGGGAAAGAGGUGAGCAGAGGACUUGCUAGCACACUUGAGCCGUUUCUCUGUCCUACAGCUUUAGAUUCGUGCCUUACGUGAUUGUUUGGGCCACGGGCUGUCACUGCUGCUGUGCUCUGGACGGGCUUGUUUCGUAUGGCCACAGGGCGGGACCACAGCGACGGGGUAGGAGGGGUGUGUGUUAGGGAGAUACUGCAAAUUUCUUGGCCAGUCAUUGCCUUUCAACCUGGUAUGUUAAGCAAGUUUUAGAAGAAGAAGCUUGUGCUAAACCGCCUUCUUUUUUAUUUCCUUAUUUCCUGAGCCAGAACGGAAGUCUCUGUCUUUGAGUGUGUGCUGAGCGCGCAGGGUGGCUGCGAACCCUCCCCUGGCUUCCGUGGAACCUCACGGGUUGACAUGAAUCCCGGUGGAGAGGGUGGGACGUCUGUCACCUCCAAACUGUCCUACCGGGUCGCUCAGGUGCUCGCACACUUCGGGUUGGUUCACAGAAGCAGCACAGCGUAGCCUCGGCACCCAUCAACGGGGGCAUGUCACUCCUGGACGUGCGUGUCGCUGUGUUUUAAAAGAGGUGCAGUUCCUGCCCUGGCUGGUUUGGCUCAGCGGUUA